AUGGCUGAGGAUAACUGCUCCUUGGCAACUGAAUUUAUCCUCAUAGGAUUUACAGAUCACCCGGAGCUGAGGACUCUUCUGUUCCUGGUGUUCCUCACCAUCUAUCUGAUCACCAUGGUAGGGAAUCUUGGCCUGGUGGCAUUGAUAGUUACAGAGCAUCGUCUUCACACACCAAUGUACAUCUUCCUGGGGAAUCUCGCUCUGAUGGAUUCCUGUUGUUCCUGUGCCAUUACCCCCAAGAUGUUGGAGAACUUCUUUUCUAAGGACAAGAUGAUUUCUCUCUAUGAAUGCAUGGCACAAUUUUAUUUUCUCUGUCUUGCUGAAAGUGCAGACUCCUUUCUCCUGGCAGCGAUGGCUUAUGAUCGCUUUGUGGCCAUCUGCAAACCACUGCAGUACCACAUCAUGAUGCCACAGAAACUCUGCAUUCAGAUGACCACAGGGGCAUAUGUAGCUGGAAAUCUGCAUUCCAUGAUUCACAUUGGGUUUCUGUUUAGGUUAACUUUCCGUGAGUCUCAUCAAAUCAAUCACUUUUUUUGUGACGUUCUUCCAUUAUACAGACUCUCCUGUGUAGACCCUUAUAUCAAUGAAUUAAUGAUAUUUAUCUUUGGAGGAUCAGUUCAAAUAUUCACUAUUACCAUAGUAAUAAUUUCUUACCUUUACAUCAUUUUCACAAUUUUCAAGAUGAAAUCUAAAGAAGGAAGAAAGAAAGCUUUAUCUACUUGUGCAUCCCACUUUCUCUCUGUCUCAAUUUUCUAUGGUUCUCUUCUCUUCAUGUACAUUAGACCGAAUUCAAUUAAUGAAGAAGAUAAAGAUUUACCUGUGGCUAUUUUUUAUACUCUAGUGACUCCUUUAUUAAACCCUUUUAUUUAUAGUUUAAGAAAUAAGGAAGUAAUAAACGUUAUGAAAAAAAUUAUGAAAUCACAGGAAUUUUGCUAA